CAGUGCAUUCAGCUGGCCACACUGGGCUUGCGGUCCACAAACAUCCACACCCAAAGGUUUUUAUUCAUUUUUUUUCUCUGUCUUUUGGAAUGGUCUCUAAGAUCACUGAGAUACUGUUACCACCGCAGGGAUAACAUCAAAGCAGCAAGUUCCUCAGCAUCUCAAAGGUGAGGAGGGGUUAAGGCUAAAGGCUAUGCCUGGACUACCAGAGAACAUCCCCCUUGGGGAGUGCACCCUACACUCCCAGUCCCAGGAGCAGCUCACUCCCCAGACAGAAAGCACCGUGUUCAGCCUGUCCCGCAGCGAGUCCCUCUGGACCAACGAGUCGGCCCGCAGCACAUGUGAGAUCUACUGGUUCCCAUUCCACCUCAUGUCCACUGGGGGCAGCAUCUUUGCCUGCGGCUUCAUCCUGAGUGGCCUGUAUUUUGCUGGCUACUGCAGGAAGGCCACCAACAUCCUGGGCCCAGCCCUGGUAUCCAUUGGCCUGAUGGUGCUGGUGGUGGGCGUGGUGCUGAUCCCCAUCACCAAGGAGAACAGGAAGCAGCCCACCAUGAAGAAGCCCUUCAGUUACUACAGGCAACCAGUCUUUAAAUUAUGAGGUGGGCCGGGCGGGGUAUCCCUGUCUUGUAUGCUGUGAUCCUGGAGAGUCCUCAGGCUCAAAGUCUGGUUGUCAGACCAUUUAGUUUCCCAAAAGCACAAUGGAGGAUUUGAUACUUCCCUGCUGAGCAUGGCUACACGUUGAGCAUGGCUACACGUUGAGCAUGGCUACACGUUGAGCAUGGCUACACGUUGAGCAUGGCUACACGUUGAGCAUGGCUACACGUUGAGCACGGCUACACGUUGAGCAUGGCUACACGUUCACAUGAUGAAUGUUUGCUCUAAAGACAAUUAACUUGUAGGGGAACAUGAACCGUUCUAUUUUCUUCCACCACUAUGUAUGUAUACAGUAUUUUAAUAUCUGCAUGACAAGUAUACAUUAUAACCAAGUUACAGGUGGUUCUUUGGCAUUUGUUCUUAAGCAUUUGAAAGUACUAGAAAAUUACCAUGCUGCCAAAAUGCACAAUUAUCAAUGUAGUCCACUGCUUUUAUGCAUAAUUAUUAGAAUGAGUGACAAGCAUAUUGAGAAGAAAGUUGUGUGCAUGUACAUUGAUGAGAGCGGGAUUGAGUAUUGACAGCAUGCCUUUGUGGUAGGCCAUCACUGAAAAUAAAAAUAUGUUCUUAACUGACUUGCCUAGUUAAAUAAAGGUCA